CCUCGAGCAUUACCUUUAAAACGUUCAUAAAAGGUUGAGUAUCUACAUGCAUUCAUUGUCUAUCAUAUUUAUCUUAAAAUUUAGUCGAUCAUUAAAGCAAACUUAUGGCAGAAAAUCUCGGAACAGCGGCCGAAAGAGAAAGGGAUCAAGAGAGGGAAGUUAAACCACGAAUUUUAGUCCAAGCUGGCGCUUUUAGCCUUGUGCUGGGUGAUAUAGAAGAGGAUUACAGGAGAGCACCAAAAUCAGCUGCCAAAGAAGGAUAUUACAUUUUGAGGAACGGUGGCACAGCGGUUGAUGCUGUAGAAACAGCAGUUCGUGUGUUUGAGGACAAUGGAUACUGUAAUGCUGGUUUUGGAUCGUAUUUGAACAAUGAUAAUGAAGUGGAAUGCGAUGCACUUAUAAUGGACGGCGAUACAUUAAAAAGUGGCGCAGUAAUGGCCGGACGCCAUUUCCGUAAUCCUGUUUCCCUCGCCAAAAAGAUCAUGAAAGACUGUCACCAUAGUGCCUUAUCUGGUGAAGGAGCUCUAGAAUUUGCUCGCAAAUGUUCUUUCCCAUGUUAUGAUCAAGAUGAGUUGAUAAACCGAUAUAGUCGUGACAAAACACAAGGAGUGAAUUACGAAAAUAUGCCAAAAUUUAUAGAACUUCACUAUCCGGGAAUUCCGCAGAUGGCGAUGGACACUGUAACUGCUGUUGCCAUGGAUGCCGAUGGUAAAAUGGCGUGUGCGGUGUCAACAGGUGGUAUAGCGGGAAAAUUGAAAGGUCGUGUCGGAGACGUGCCGAUGGUUGGUUGCGGGGGUUACGCGAACAAAAGCGGUGCAGCAACCACCACUGGACAUGGCGAGUCCAUAAUAAAAAUGACUCUGGCAAGAGACGUCGUUUCCAUGAUGGAAGCAGGAGCCAAUGCCCAGACGUCUGCAGAAAAUGCUGUAAGGAAAUUGCUGGAGACUAAUGGUAACUUUGGUGCAGGUGGUGCAAUCGCAAUUGAUAGAGAUGGAAACUUUGGGAAGGCGUGCCGUACCGAGAAGAUGCCAUGGGCAAGCAUCGUGGCCGUCCGAGUUAGGCCAGGCGAAGAAACUGAAAUCAUACAACACCGAAUGGAAUCCGGCAUGAAUCCUGCUGACGAACCUGAAGUUGAAUAUUGGUAAAAUAACUAUGUCUGAGAGCACAAACAUUUUCAUAUAUAAUCUGUUACAACGUAGUUUUUUUCGAGGUUUCAUGACCUCAGGUAACUAUUAAGUAAUAUUAACUCCAGUGCAAGGUGGAUAAUCUUUUAAGCUCGCAAUUAAUGUUAUGCACGCAGUGGCGUAACGGACGUAAGUAGGGUUAGGACAAAAACUAAGGGCCCCCGACCGUUGGGGCCCCAGAGGGCCCCCAUUGAUUGCCGUUUAUCGCCACGAUUCUUAAAGAAAAACGGCGUGUCAGUGUAUCGCAUAAAAAAGUCAGGUUGAAAGCAAAUUGUUAUGCCAAAGAUAGGCCUAGGGUAUGAGGUAUAUUGCAAAGGAAAAUGCAGCAUUAUUGAUGGUAGAUUAAAUAACAGAGUAUAUCCAUCGACCAUGACUGAAUUUUCUAUUCUAUUAUCAACGUUCGAUUGCUUCUAUAACUAAUGAAGUAAUACACUAAUGUAAAUUUACAAGCUUCAGCUCUCAAAUUAUUUUUCAAGUGAAAACAUGACAAACAGCUAGGGUCCCCACACCAAAUAAACCUAAGGGCCCCAUCUUCGUCCGUUACACCACUGUAUGCACGAAUAGUUUUUUGGGGUUAAACUUAUUGAGUUUGGCUGUCUUUUUUCUUCAAUCAUGCAUUUGUUACUUUCACCAAUGUAAUGUUAUUAAAAUAAAUUAAAAAAGAAAUAAAA